AGCACCGGGGGGGUGGGACAGCACGGAUUGGACGGCUCUGCUCCGGACGGGCGCGCUUACGCACUCAGCCGCUUCCGAUGGGUGAGGACGGUGAGAGCCCCAAAAUCAAUCACAGCUUCCUCCGAGACUAUGUCACAGAAGCUGAUGUCAUUUCUACUGUGGAGUUUAACCAGACGGGGGAUCUGCUGGCCACAGGGGAUAAGGGGGGAAGAGUGGUCAUCUUCCAGAGAGAGACAGAGUCUAAAGGUGAAUCUGAGGAGCUGGGAGAAUCGGGUGAGUAUAAUGUCUACAGUACGUUCCAGAGUCACGAGCCGGACUUUGACUACCUGAAGAGUUUGGAAAUUGAGGAGAAGAUCAAUAAGAUCCGCUGGCUGCCACAGCAAAAUGCUGCCCACUUUCUCCUCUCUACCAACGAUAAAACGAUAAAGCUAUGGAAGGUGAGCGAGAGAGACAAGCGGCCAGAGGGCUACAAUCUGAAGGACGAAGAAGGGCGAAUAAAGGAUAUCUCCACAGUGACCUCAUUACGGGUGCCGGUCCUGAAGCCCACUGACCUGAUGGUUGAAGUGCGGCCGAGGAGAAUCUUUGCUAAUGGCCACACCUACCACGUCAACUCCAUCUCAGUCAAUAGCGAUGGCGAGACAUAUCUGUCUGCUGAUGAUCUCAGGAUCAACAUGUGGCAUCUGGACAUCACAGACCGAAGCUUCAACAUUGUGGACAUUAAGCCUGCCAAUAUGGAGGACCUGACGGAGGUGAUAACAGCUGCAGAGUUCCACCCACAUCACUGCCACCUGUUUGUAUACAGCAGCAGUAAAGGCACACUGCGCCUCUGUGACAUGAGAGAGUCGGCCCUCUGUGACAAGCACUCCAAAAUCUUUGAGGAGCCAGAAGAUCCAGGCAAUCGAUCUUUCUUCUCUGAGAUCAUCUCUUCAGUUUCUGAUGUUAAGUUCAGCCAUAGUGGACGUUAUCUGCUCACCAGAGACUACUUGACUGUCAAAGUAUGGGACCUCAACAUGGAGAAGGGCCCAGUGGAGACCUACCAAGUUCAUGAGUACCUAAGAAGUAAACUCUGCUCUUUGUAUGAAAAUGACUGCAUCUUUGACAAGUUUGAGUGCGUCUGGAACAGCACAGACAGUGUAAUCAUGACAGGAGCAUAUAACAGUUUUUUCCGGAUGUUUGAUCGCGAGACCGGUCGCGGUGUAACCCUCGAGGCAUGGCGUGAGAGCAGUAAACCGCGUGCCGUGCUGCGGACUCGCCGCGUUUACACCGGGGGUCGCCGUCGAAGGGGCGACGUGGGUGUGGACAGUCUGGACUUCACAAAAAAGAUUCUGCACAUGGCUUGGCACCCAGCUGAAAACAUCAUCGCCAUAGCAGCCACUAACAACCUCUAUAUCUUUCAGGACAGGGUCAACCCCGAAAACCAGUGACAAGAGAUGUGUAGGGGGUUGCAGUAAUGCUCUUCACAGGGCCACACACAUUCAAAUCAUGCACACAUAUCAAAUUCAUCCUUUAAAACACACACAUUAUUGGUCCUGUGGAGAUGGACAUAAUUGCCAGACCCUGAAAGUACACAGAUGGACUUUGCAGUUAAGCCGUUCCAGGAGAGCAGUUAUGUAUAGCCAAUGACUUUAUCUGAUAACUAUUUGGUUAAUUACACCGCCAGGAAUGUUGCCAAUGAGCUACAACACGUGGAAUUUUACAAUUGACAUCACGGUCAGCCAAUCCCGAACUCCUUUGAUAUGUGAUGGAUGGCGUUGACAGCCAAUCCCUGACUGCGCUGAUCGUGAUUGACGGCUGAUUUGGAUAAGGGGUGGUGCCUUUGGGCUGAAGACUAGGAAUGAGACCGCUCCACUCCUCUCUGCCAGGUUGCCAUGGACACCAGUUGUCAUGGUAACAAGAGUGCUCUGAGCAGUCUUCCUAUCACGUGCUUCCCAAAAAACCUAUCCCACAAUGCAUCUGCUGUAAGAGCCCUCACUUUACUUCGCAUCGAAUUGACCAUUUGUGGAAACAUGGAUGCCUAUGACCGAAUCACUAUAUCUCACACCUGGAGGAGGUUUAAAUUCUAAUACUUGUCUCAAACGGAAGGAUUGCUCCACUACUUCAUCAGAACACUGUCUUAACCGGUUUACACCUCAUAAUGGGUUACAUUUACACCUGUAUGGUAAGAAAGUGAAAGGUAUUGGUCAAUCUCAAAAAAAUGCUCAAUCUCCUCACACUGUUCACGCUUAAGGCCUCCUGCAGCGCUGUGCACGGUAACUUACACGUGUUAGGAUCAAACUCCAGCUCUGGUCUCUCACAGUAAAGCACUGCCUUUUUAUUUAUGAUUGUAGCUACUUUACGGAUCCCUCAAAAAGGAAAUUUAAACGGUCACGUGGGAAAAAUAAAUGACAAAUUUAGUGACACAGGCUAUAAAACAAUGCAGACAUACACUACCGUUCAGAAGUUUUAGAUAGGUAAGAUUUUUUAAUGUUUUUAAAAGUAGUCUCUUCUGCUCACCAAGGCUGGAUUUAUUUGAUCCAAAAUACUGCAAAAACAGUAAUAUUGUGAAAUAUCUUUACAAAUUCAAAUAACUGUUCUCUAUUUGAAUAUAUUUUAAAAUGCAAUUUAUUGCCUGUUUUGAAUUUUUGUAGCAUCAAAAAUUCAGUGUCACAUGAUCCUUCAGAAAUCAUUUUAAUAUGCUGAUUUGGUCCUCAAGAAACAUUUAUUAUUAUUAUCAAUGUGGAAAACAGCUGUGUACAAUCAGGAUACAAUCAGGAUGAAUGGAAAGUUCAAAAGAACAGCAUUUAUCUGAAAUAGAACGCUUUUGUAACAUUGUAAAUGUCUUGUACUGUCACUUUUGAUCAUUUUAAUGCAUCCCUGCUGAAUAAAAGUAUUAAUUUCUUUCUUUGAAAAAAAAAAAAUCUUACUGACUCCAGGCUUUUGAAUGGUAGUGUAUAAUGUUACAAAAGCUUUCUAUUUCAGAUAGAUGCUGUUCUUUCGAACUUUCUAUUCUAUAAUGAUGCUGAAGAUUCAGCUUUGCCAACACAGGAAUAAAUUGCAUUUUAAAAUAGAUUUAAAUAUAUUAUUUUAAAAUGUAAAAAUAUUUCACAAUAUUACUGUUUUGCUGUAUUGUGGAUCAAAUAGCCAUGGUGAGCAGAAGAGACUAAAGAUCUAAAACUUUUGAAUGGUAGUGUACAUGGAAAAUCAGUUAAAUUAAUGGAAUAUUCUGGCAUCAAAACAACGUAAAGCUUUACAACAAACAAUAAUUCUGACAUUCCUCAGUUUAAUAAAAAAUAAAGUAAUGUGCUUGCAGUGGAAGUCUGUAGGGCAUUUAAAAGUGGAAUUUUCAGCUUCUAAUUUUGUUAAAGUGCUUAUAUGGGUGGUUCUCAAUCUUUGUGAACUGAUUGUCCAUGAAGAACCCAUGAAUUUUUUCCAGUCAAUUUACUGGAUAAGUUUACAAUUUAUACCCGAUAAAAUAUUUUAGAGCUUGUGUAUAUGCAUUACAAUGAGUUUUAAGACUUUUGAAAUUUACAUGACUUCAGGUCUAGAAAUCACACUUUUAAAAUUAGGCCUCAUAUAUCCAGGUUUUCCAAGAUUGUGGGAAUACUGGUUCUUUAAAGAAAAUAAAAGAAAAACAAUUGAAUUAAAAUUAGAAAUAUCUUGAUUUUUUUUUUUUUUUUUUUUUUUUUUUUUUAUGGGGGAAAUGGAAAAGAGUCAGGGAUACCUGCAGGUCAUAAUGUGGGUGCCAAAAGGCACACAAUGCUAAACCCUAACCCUACCCCACACCCUAACAGGCAGCUUUCGCGAACAAUUAUAAAGACCUUUCAGCCCACCCAUUACUCUUACCUGCAGAUACCCAUACUUGUGGAAAAAUGUUCUUUAUUAAACUGUUCUUCACACAAGAAAAAGAGAACUGUUCUUUUAAGAACUGUGCACUGAAAGGUUCUUUGGGGAACCCAAAUCUUCUAUGGCAUUGCUGUGAAAUCCCCUUUUGGAAUCUUUAUUUUUUAAAGGUGUAGUUCACCCAAAAAUGAAAAAUUUGUCAUCACUUACUCACCUUCAUGUUGUUCCAAACCUUUAUGAGUUUCUUUUUUUCUGUUGAACACAAAAUAAGAUAUUUUGAAGAAUGUUGGUAAUCAAACAGUUGAAUCAAGCCAUUGACUUCCAUGGUAGAAAAAAAAAAUACUAUGGAUAAUAUGGAUGGCUAUUAUUUGACAUUCUUCAGAAUAUCUUCUUUUUUGUUCAACAGAAGAAAGAAACUCGUACAAUUUUGGAACAACAUGAGAAUGAGAAACUUUUCAUUUUUGGGUGAACUAUCCCUUUAAGAAUGAACUUUUGGUUAUGCAUUACCAAUGUAAUUCCUGUCCCUUUUUGUUGUCCUUGCAAAAAUUACCAGGUUUACCAGCUUUAUGUGGUUAUGAGAGGCCAGGAGUUGAAAAAAAAAAUGAUGUAUGAUUGCACAGACAAGAUUAAUAACUAAUUUAAUCAGAUUUAUUAUUUUCCUUUUAACAUGUAUAAUGUUGUUUUGGCUAUACUUUCAAAACUUUGAAUUUCAGUUAUUCAAAUUUCAAUUGCUUUCACACUCCCUAGACUUCCAUUGUAAGUGCAUCAACAUAGUUGAGGAUGUUUAAAAAUUAUGUUUUGUGCUAAACAACAUGCCAAAUAGCUUAACUUUUAUUGAAUCUGGAACAUUCCAGUAUGUACCAGCUAGUAAGUGGAUAAAUCAUUUCUAAAUGUUAAUCUCAGCACUCUGUGUUUUCGGUGACCACACAGGUGUACAUGUAAGAAAGAACACAGCGAGUUAUCUUUCAUUUAAGGUGCCAUUCACCUUAUGGGUGACUAUUUGUUUGGUGUAGAUGUAAUGAAUUGUUGGGUUGUCUGUGUAGACUAUGACACGGAGGUCAGUGAUUGUUUUUGCUAUAUGAAAAAGGCUGAAUGAAUGUAACUGUCAAACAUGUGCUUUUAAUGAAUCCAUUUUUAAAGUGUUAUGAUGUUAACGGGGUGCUCUCAAACUGACGAGCGAGCUUGCUUGCUUGCUUGCUUUCUCAUUUUCCUUAACUUCGCCCCUUUUCUGUCUUUUCCGGUGUUCACGUGUUUCCCAUUUUUGUAGUACUCUUUGCUCUACAUAUACUGAGGCUGUGCCUCUUACAAUCAGUCUCUUUACUCUUAUUUUUACAUUUGUAGUUCAUUCACAUCAUUUUUGUACCGUGAGACGAUGCUUCUCUGCUCUUUUUCACUCUGUUCCUCUCUUUCUCUCUCUCACUCUUUCGUUCUCUUACAUCCUGUUACCAUGGCGAUAGGCCUUCUGCCAUUAUGAAUUCUCUCAUGCUUUCCUCUCAGACAUGCAGUGAAACACACACACUCACAUUCACAAUGCAACCAGGGAAUAAUGGCUUGAGUUUUUCAGGGCACACACACACUCGUUCUCACACAUACACAAAUAGGCCUAUACAUGCAAGCAUACACACAAAACCGCAUGUUUAUCAUUAUCCAGUGUUACUAAUGUGUAUAUCUAUGAUGCCUAAACAUAUUCUAUUGACACUUAAUGGAAAAAUAAAAGAGGCAAAUGGAGGAAUGUGAUUAAAUUAAUAUGAUCUCAGUAUA